AUGACGGAGAAUUUAAAGCUCAAAGCUAACACUUCUGGGAAAGGACUUGGUGCAAUAGCCUCUUACGAUAGCACGUGGAUCGCUCAUCACGAUGAUUUCGCCGAUUUGUUGAGCGCUUUGAACAAAAACAAGCCGAAUAAAGAGGAUGAUGAAGGUAUUGCUAAAGAAAAGGCCAGUCAAGUUAGCCUAGAGUUGAAAAGCAAAUCGCUGAAGAGACGAAUCCAUUAUCAGAAGUUUACCCGAGCGAAAGAUAUCACCGAAUACGACGAUAAUGCAAAGAAGGCUAUUCUUGGGCUUGGAAUUAGCAAAAAGGAUAAACAAAAGAAGGCUGAGCAAAACGAGGAGAUCACAAAACCAGAAUCAUCUGAUAGUGUGGAAAUUUCAUCACAAAAGCAUUCGAUUAGUUCUGUUUCUGCUGGUGAUUAUUACAAGGAUAAAAUGGCCGCUAAACUGGCUGCGUUAAAAGAGGCGUCAAAUGAGUUAAUCGAUCAAUCAAAGAAGAAGAAAAAGUGUACCGAAGAACCAGUCGUUGAUGCUCAAGAAGAACUAACAAUGGAACUUGGCGAGGAACCAAAGAAGAAAAAGAAGAAAAGACAUAUCGAAGAACCAGAUGCUAGUCAAGAAGAACCAUUAGUUGAGCUUGAUGAAGAACCAAAGAAGAACAAAAAGAAAAGACAUGUCGAGGGAGAUGAUGUUGUGAACCAAGAAGAAAAACCAGCGAAAAAGGAAAAUAUGGUAAAAGUUUCCGAACCUCAAAGCGUAGAAGCGGCAAACUUGCGUCGAUUGGAUCCGGCCUCGAUACAAAUUCAAAACCAUGGUAAUCCGUCGACCAGUCAACUCCCUCCGAAUCGAGCAGCUUUGAGACAAAUUGCGGCGCAAAUCCAAAGGAUGCGCGAAGGGCCUCAAGGUGCUCAUCCCAGUGGUGCUCAUCUUCCGCCAGCACAUCAUCAAUUACUUGUUCAACAUCAGACAAUGCAAAGAUUGGCAGAAGAAGAGGCCGCUCAACGGGCCGAUACGCCAGCAUUGCCGCUACGUGUGCAAAAAUUGAAGCAACACCUUGAUUUGGGUCGAUUCGUCUCUCAACUCGAAAGACUCCUUGCGCAGCCGAUUAAAAUUCCUGGUACCUCUGUAAUGCCAGGUUCAAAAAGUGGUCGACCGCCAUCAAUUUUCUCAGUGUGCACCGUGUGGCCGAACGAGGCCGAGCGAAUCGAACAUGCUUCCCAAAUGCACAAUUUCAAAAAUGUCAAAAGCCGUACUUGGCUAAAGGAUCUACUUGUUGCUGAGUCGGACUCCGAAUCGGAAGGAGAGCUCAACUUCUCCGAAAAAGAUUUACAAGCAUUGCUAAAAAUUCAUCGCAAGCGCCGAGACUUGCAAAAGGUUUACCAUCAGGAUCAAACAAAAAACAGUCAGUAUAAGUACUACGGAGCUGGUCUCUUGAGCAUAAACGAUCCUUUCUCUGAUCACCAAACGGCCAUAAUAAAACAUCAUCCAAGAACC